AUGUCGUCGCAACACCACUCCCCAGACCCUCAGGAAACAUGGUCGAAAAACAAUGAUCAUGAGACCGACUCUAUCGCUGAGACAGUCUCUUCGCUAGACACAGAAGCGGAUCAGGAUGCGCUGGACAAGGCCUUGACAGCGCAUGCCUCCCGCGCUUCGCAUAUGUCCAUGUCAGAGCGUGUCACUACAAUUCCAACAAAUGCUACCUCGGACCCUAACUUCGAAGUCGAUUGGGAUUCAGAGGAUGACCCUGAGAACCCCAAAAAUUGGUCCAUGCGCUAUAAGGCCAUGGGCCUGCUGUUUUUGUCAUGGAACACUCUCAUCGUCGUGUUAUAUUCCACUUCGUAUACCUCGGCCACAACACAGAUCGGUGAUGAGUUCGGUCAAUCGGAGACCAUCGUGACCCUGGGACUAACAUUUUAUCUUUUCGGCCUCGCUAUCGGAUCUAUGUUCAUGGCCCCAUUGAGUGAAGUCUACGGCCGGAAACCCGUCUGCGUGAUCUGCAUGAUCCUUUUUACCGUUAUGAUCAUUCCUUGUGCCCUCGCCAAGUCCGUGACUGCAUUGAUCGUCGUGCGUUUCGUUGGCGCUCUUUUCGGCAGUGUCAUGAUCUCCACGGCGCCAGGUAUGGUGGCCGACCUCGUGGAUGACGAGCAUCGAGCACUGGCAAUUUCAAUCUGGAGUAUCGGACCUCUCAACGGCCCCGUUCUGGGGCCCGUCAUCGGAGGAUUCGUAACCCAGUACCUCGGCUGGCGGUGGAUGUGCUGGAUCGCACUGAUCCUCUCAGGCAUCGCCCUGGUCUUCGCUUUAAUCCUGAAGGAGACCUACGGCCCGACUUUGCUGCAGAGAAAGGCCGCACGACUGCGCAAGGAAACAGGUGAUUCACGCUGGUGGUCCCGUUACGACCGAAAGGACAGUAUAUACGAGAUCUUGAAGCUGAGUCUUAGCCGUCCGUUUGUGAUGGCCGUUACCGAACCCAUCUGUAUCUUCUGGGAUAUCUAUGUCGCUAUUGUCUACGGUAUUCUUUACCUUUGCUUUGUCGCAUACCCGAUCGUCUUCCAGGAACUCCGUGGCUGGUCCCUCGGUCUCUCUGGCCUCUCCUUCCUUGGUAUCGGUAUCGGUGUUAUACUGACCAUCGCCUCCGAACCCCUCGUCCGCCGCCUAAUCAACAUGCACGAAAUCGAUCCGGAGACUGGCAAAGUUCACCCUGAGGCCAUGGUCUCUUUCAUCUGCAUCUGUUCCGUCCUUAUCCCCAUCGGCGAGCUUUGGUUCGCCUGGACCUGUGCCCCAGCCUCCAUCCACUGGAGCGUGCCUUUGCUUGCAGGUAUCCCCUUCGGAGCCGGUAACACUGGUGUCUUCAUCUACGCCUCGAAUUAUCUCACUGGCAGCUAUGGCAUGUACGCUGCAUCUGCUUUAGCUGGUAACUCGGUUAUUCGGAGUAUUCUUGGUGGAGUGUUGCCGCUUGCGGGAUCGUCCAUGUAUAAUAGCCUUGGUCCCAAUUGGUCGGGUACUUUGCUGGGACUACUCGAGAUUGUUAUUGUCCCCAUUCCGUUUGUGUUCUACAAGUAUGGACACAAGAUUCGCCAGAAGAGUACAAUGAUUACGCGCAUGCAGGAGGAAAAGAAGAAGUUGGAAGGGAAGAGGGCGAUGAGGGUGGUGCACUUGGAUGUUGUUGCUGAGGAAAAGCCCGAGGAAGUCUAG